AUGUUCUCUAUUCAACUUUCCUGCCUCCAAUCCUCACUACAAGCAGUGUCACAGGCUCUAGUCCCUCUGGCCCACCUUGCUUAUUCUAUGUGGUAUCCUGCCUGCAAAGGAGAGGCUUCAAACUGCUUUCAGAGGCAUUGCAGCACUCCACACUGGAUGACCUUUGCCCAUGGGCAGAAUAUGAGCAAAAAUUGCCAGCAAGAGGAGUGGCUAGCUGGAAUUGAUGACCCAUCUUCUGCUGGUCAUCAGAGAGAAGAAAAGGAGUUUGUAGGUUUGGAUCCUGGAGCAUUGUGUAUUCUUAAAGACAAGCAGCUUGCCUUGACACAAUUAUCACAUAACACUCCUCCUAGUGCUGUGCAACAAAUUGGUCCUUCUCAGUCAUGGGUUUCAGAAUAUUACCCUCAAUCAUGGGGUAGUUAA